UUAAAGAGAGGAAAAACAAGAGUCGCGAAGUGAAAAAAUAAUGUUUUUUAAACUAUCAAUCUCUCUACAUUAAAAAAUCAGACUGUUUGAUACUGUCAAGUGUGUUUGGAAAAUUGUUAAUACGGUGGAGAUUCAUUUGUUGAAUUUCCUUUGAGCUAAUUGUGAUUAUUUUGUUAUCUUUUUUUUCCUUCGUAAUUUUUUCAAAAAUCUGUGUGUUAGUGAAACAAAAAAAAUUUGUGCAAUUUUUUUAUAUCUACCUUGAGAAGAAAUCUCUUUGAUUUCGUUCAGAUAAAUAAAAAAUCCUUUAAUGAACAAAACUACAGUUGAAAGUUUUCAUGCAAAAGGAUCUUUACGAGUCCUUCAAUAUCAAGGAUAAUUGAGUGCUUCAUGUGCUAUAUAGGCUAUUAAAACUUUAAAUUGAAAAGGAUAAAACAAAUUAUAUCAAGAAAAAAGGAAGGAGAAACUUCUUGGAGCAGAGAAAACGUGAAGAAAAUUUCCUUCACCAACACAUUCGUACAAGGGGCUAAAAAAAAAACGAAACAUAAAUGCCAGCGGGCUAGUGGAGCCAGAAAAAUAAAAGAACAAAAUCAUAAAUUUUAAUCAUCAAGCUGUUCGCUCUUUCUCUCUCUAGUUUUCUCGCUUCCCCCUUUUCCCUUCCUCACGCACAAAUACAUCAACAAUUCAAAGGAUUAGUCGUCAUUCAUUCUUUACUUCAAUAGUUUUCUGCUUGUUUCGAUCGAAUUCAAAAAGGAAGUCCAAAUCACAGCACGAAGUGUGAAUUUGUUGAUUCUGUUAAAUAAAUAAAUUCGUCGGCUCAUAACAGCAGUGAAAAAUGCCGUUAUUCGGAAAGAAAGAUUCAGGAAAGAAAUUGCGAAAAGAUGGCCAUAAAGAUAUCGACAAGCAGAUCAUAAAUAUUGAAGACAAAUAUCACUUAAGACAAGUAUUAGGAAACGGUGCCUUUUCUGAAGUUCGACUUGGCGAGAGCAAAGAGAAUCCGGGUCAAUUAUUCGCUGUCAAGAUCAUUGAUAAGAAAGCACUCAAAGGCAAAGAAGAUUCUCUAGAAAAUGAGAUAAAAGUUCUCAGAAGGUUCUCGGCCAUGCCUGAUAAUGAGAACGAUCCAGACCGAAAACCGUGGUUGUGUCAUCCCAACAUAGUGCAAUUGCUGGAGACGUACGAAGAUAAAACAAAGGUUUAUUUAAUCAUGGAACUAGUGACAGGUGGUGAACUUUUUGAUAGAAUUGUCGAGAAAGGUUCAUACACUGAAAAGGAUGCUUCGGGACUUAUAAGACAAGUUCUUGAGGCUGUGGAUUAUAUGCAUGAACAAGGAGUUGUACAUAGAGAUCUUAAACCUGAAAACUUAUUGUACUACAACACUGAUGAAGAUAGCAAAAUAAUGAUCAGCGAUUUCGGUUUAUCGAAAAUGGAAGAUUCAGGGAUUAUGGCGACAGCAUGUGGGACGCCUGGUUAUGUUGCUCCGGAAGUUCUCGCACAGAAACCUUACGGAAAAGCGGUUGAUGUGUGGUCAAUAGGCGUUAUCUCGUACAUUUUAUUAUGUGGUUAUCCACCUUUUUAUGAUGAAAAUGAUGCAAAUCUGUUUGCGCAAAUAUUAAAAGGUGAAUUCGAGUUCGACUCACCGUAUUGGGACGAGAUCAGCGACUCGGCGAAAGAUUUCAUACAGCAUUUAAUGUGUGUUGAUGUUGAAAAGCGUUAUACGUGUAAACUCGCGCUAGCCCAUCCAUGGAUAUCUGGCAACGCUGCAAGUAGUAAAAAUAUUCACGGCACUGUAUCAGAGCAGCUUAAAAAGAAUUUCGCGAAAUCGCGUUGGAAGCAAGCAUAUCAUGCAGCGACAGUCAUCAGACAAAUGCAACGAAUGGCUUUAAACAGUGGCGGAUCAAGCCGAAACAACACAAUAAAUCGUACGGAAACAGAGAAGCAGCCAUCAAAUUAAUGCUGAAAACAUUUUCUCGAUUUGUUUCAUGUUAUUGCGUGGGAAAAACACUUUCCUUGAAAAUUCUUUUUUUAAUGUGUUUACUCAUUUUUUUUUAAUAGAUUUAAGUGAAGAAAAGUUUUUAAUGAUUCAGAGAAACGAAGCAGAAAAAGCUUUCAAAAUAUUUAAUGUUCAUGACAAUGUAUUUACGUUUCUUCGGUUUGAAUUGUAUUGUCUGAGGGAAUUAUUUUUAACUAUUUAUGUUAGAGUGAAAAUUGUAAAGUUUUAGUAAAACUAAGAUUAUUGUCAUUUCACAAUGCUAAAUGCUUCAGUGGGAUUUUCAUUGACGAUUGUUAACACCAAUGGUUGAACUUUUUCAUUUGUUGGUUUAGCAGUAGAAUUGUGGAAUUCUCACUGAAGGUUUCAGUUUAACUGAGUAGCAAUUCAACUUAAUUUUAAUCCCAUUAAUCAGUUAUUUGUGAAAAUAUAUUUUAUAAACAUAGAAAACCCUCAUGACAUCUGAUCUUGUUCCUUGGUUUUUACAUCACUUUUACAUGACUUUCAACAGACAAUUCCAUCGAAAACUUAACUUUAAUUUAUGUUAUUUAAACAAACAAAUGAAAGUAGCGAAAUGGAGGAAGAAAAGUUUCGGAAAAUUUCUUUUUUGACAUUUUCCUUACAAUUCUCAUCUUUAAUUAAAUAUUGCUCUUUUUUCCCUUCGACUACUCUUUAUCGUACUUACUCAAGCGUUUCGAAACUAUAAUUGAAGACAUAUGAAAUUAUGCAAUUGAAAGAAUUUAAUAUUCAAUCCUUAUCAACUAAACGAGUAAAAGUUUUUCCUUUAAAAUAUUUAUUCGUUCAUGAAUAUUUAUGCUGCAAAGUUUGCUUUUAUACAGAAUUUUUUUCAAUGUUCUUUCCCAAUCUGCAAUCAUUUAAGAGACAGAAAAAAAAGUUUUACAAUAGAAAAACAGAAGAAAUCAUAACUGAAAUAUAAAUUUUCCUUUUCUUGACCAUUCUAUGCUUUGAGCAACUUUAUAUCUAAACUUUCAAUGACUAUUUGAGAAAAUAUAUCAAAAUGUGAUAUUCCUUAAAGCAUAAUAACUAACAACUCUUACCUAAACUUGUAAGCCGUUUGAUUAUAAGAACAUAAAUUGGAGUUCUCGACGCGAGAACUUCCCUUCCUCUGUAAUUUAUUGCCCUCCUUUGCCAUCCCUUGAAAAAUAUUGUUCAAAUUGUAAAUAUUUCGUGAUGCGACUACAAAAAUUGAAUGAACAAAAAUUACUUAAAGAACAAAAAAUAAAUAUUUUUAGCAUUUUAAUAAUGAAAACAAAUUGGUGAAUAGAUGUUGUAAUAUUUAUGAAUACAAUGAAAGUAUAUUAUAAUGAAAAUUAAACAUUUGAACCACCUUAAAAUUCUCCGAUUGUUGAGAUUUUGAAUUAUUAAUUGUUGACUGAACAUCCAGUUAAACUAUUUGAUGGAUUUCUGGAAAUUAAUUUUCACUUUGUUGGAAAUCAGUCGUUUGGUGUUAAUCGUGAUUGUUAUUUUCACAACUGAAAAAGCACAAAUAUUUUCAAUUUUUUUUAUUACUUAAAUUUAAAAUUUCAUGCAGAAAUGAAAGUUUCGUCUUAACCAGUUUUAACGGCAACGUGGUGCCAUGUGAAAUAUUUACUUACUAUACUCUGAAAUUUUUAUUUUGAAGUACAUAAAGAUUGAAUUAAAAAGAAACUUAAAAGCUGAAUAAUUUUAAAAGCUGCCAAACACAAAUCUCUCUCUAAGAAUCUGAUGACUCACUUAAAAGAAUCUUAAAUAAUUUACGCCAGAAACAACAUUUAAUUGAAUCAUUUCUCUAUAGUUAUACUUGCCAGCUCACUUACCACCUUUCAUUGAAUAACGACAUUAAUUAUUAAUAAUGAAUUCAUUAUAUUUAAUUAAUCUAUUUAUGCAGCAGAAAUUAUAAGCAAAAUCGUUACUCUCGACUCUUAACUAUAAACUUUUUUUAUUAUUGAUGUGACAAACUUUGCAUAGAUAAGGAAUUGGGAAAACUUCGUUUGUUUAAUUUCUAAAAGUUUUGCAAAUUUAUUGUUUUGUUGAAACUUUUUGCUGUUCAAAAUUUUAUGAAGAAAAGGAAAUUAACAAACACAACAAUCAAGUUUGAAUUUAUUCAUGAAAACUCCCCAAAAUCUUCGUAAACUUCUUUCGAAUGAAAGCAAAUAAUUUAAAUGUGUAAAAAGAAAAAGAACACUAACUGAAUUUUAAUACUUAAUGGAAAAUUUAUGAUUAUAUUCUCUACUAUAGUUGAUAAAAUAAUAUGAAAUUAAUGAAAUUGAUUGAAACUUUAUGGUCAUAAAAAUGGUUGUCGGUGAUUAAUUAAUUUGUAUGGUGCAAGAGAUUAUUUUAUUAAACAUGAGUAAACCUUAUUUAUAUUGAAACAAAUACUUAAACUUAAUAAGUUGAUUCUUUAUUUUUCAUAUUUUCAUUUAAGAGACUUUUAAUUUAAUCUAAAAAUGAUCAGGAAUAUUUCUUUUUGAAAAUAUAUUCGCAAUCUCAAAGUAAAAAUAAAAUAAAGAAAUGAAAAACUUCAAAACUUCCGGGAAAUUAUUUACACUCUCCAAAUAUAUAAAUAGUGAUAAGUGUGAUUAACCAAACGAUUUUAAAUCAUAAUUAGUGAAAUGCUCUGAUGAGACCUGAUCGUAUGAGAUUCCAUUGAAGAUACUUAAGAAAAUGAAGAAAUAAAGUCACGAUGACGUUGAUAAGAAGUUAAACAACUACAUACAAUUAGAAAUCAUUUAACCCACAUUUUAAACAUUUAAACAGUCCCAAAUAUUUAAUAAUGAAAUGGAAUUGCAAACAAAUAUAACGGUAGCUGACUUAAAUAAUGAAACAUGAACAAAACAUUUAACUACGACAUUCCUCGAAACUAAACGUUAUAAAUCUUUAAAUUUAUCUGAAAAGAAAAAUUAUUUAAGAAGUCUCUCACUUUUCUUAUUCUUGUUUUGCUAAGAUACUUAAACAAUUUUAUGAUCCAUCUGAUGUUUUACUUUCAAUUCUAACAUUGACCUUGACGCUCUCAGAUGAACAAAAUUUGUUACAUUUUUAUAUAAAAGAAACAAUAAGAGAAACAAAUAAUGUAAUUAAACCUUUAAAGAAGGUUGAUAAGGUUGAUCUGGCACACAAUAACAGUUGUGAAGUCGUGAUUUUGCGCAUCUAAGGACUUUGGUCAAUGGUUGUGAAUAAGACAAGAAAGUUUUUUCUUUCUCGUAUUCAGUUUAUAUUUAUUUUAAAUUUUAAAUAAAUUCAUUCUUAAAUAUAUUAUUGAUGAUGAAAUGAAAACUGUGAAGAAUCUAAAUAAAUAAAAGUUAAUUUUAACAAAAAGUUAUAAAAA